CCUACCUGCACGAGUUGAUUCUUGUCACCAAUUCUUCCCUGAUGUCCUGAUAUCCUCAACAUCUCUCGAGAGUUCAAAUCUCCACUUGUUCCCCAUCUCCUGACAAUUUUGGCGAACCUUGGUCAUAUCAAUUGACUCAUUUACUGAUACGGACAACUCUCUUGCUCACGUCUCGUGCUGAGUCUCUUAAAGCUGAGGUGAGCUUUUUUGACAAAUUUCCCCUCACUCAGUAUUAGAACAGACACGCGACCUCGCUGCGCCGACACGAGACAGACACCAAGUCACCCUAACUAACUGGCUUGAAAGAUACUUCGUGACCGGUCUCAAUUGCGUGCAUCUCAUCACCGUCUAGAGCCAUCAUUAGCACGGCAGGGCCAGAGAACAAACUUACGCUGUUCCUGCAUUGUCGAUCUCUGUUAGCUCUUACUUCUUCCUGCUCUGGUCUGGCUGGGCUGCGCAGUCUCUAAGCCAUCUGGUCCAAGUCACGACCACUAUCGUAUUUCUAGUGGACGAUACUUUAUUGAGACAGCAAAAAGGGCACGUUACCUUCGCACGCACGAGGCGAGGAGGCCUUCAAGAUGUCCUCCAGCUCGGGGACACCGUAUAUCUUCUCACCCGCGGAUCACACCCACUUGAUUCCCUACUUGGCAGCACUACAUGCCGGCUGCAUCAGCUCAGACCGGACUCUCGCGACCUUCUUGCCCCCUCUGUCACACGAGAAGCUUUUAGGAUGGUGGAAGGAGCGCAUAGCAGAGGUGACUGCAGGCACUCGCAUGAUGUUGAUUCUCCUCGACGAAUCCGACCCGGGCGCCAAGUUUAAGGGCACCGAGCUCAUGGGCGUCGUUAUGCUCUCCAUGCCCUACUCCGAGACGGGCCCGUUCCGCGGCUUCGUCGAGAAGCUUCUCAUCAGCCCUAAGUUCCGUCGGCGUGGUGGCGCAAGGAUGUUGAUGAGUGCUCUUGAGGGUGAGGCUUUUCGGAGGGGACGAACGCUGUUGAUGCUUGAUACCGAGGUUGGUAGCCCGGCAGAGGAUGUCUGGAGAAAAUUCGGAUACGUCGAGGUCGGCAGAAUCCCAAACUACGGCAUCAGUCCCGCCGUUCCACGGCAGCUGAAGGAUCAGGUUUUCUUCUAUAAGCAGCUCUCGACGUAGCGAGUUUCCAUUUCCAGAGAUUCCACGGCGUUGAGGGUUUUGAUGGUCUGUUCUAGAUAGUUUAUUACAAAGACAGAGGCGACCCACGUCACCUGUUGAUUCCCGUGCGGACGAGACCGGGAUUUGAAGAAUCAAGUGAGAUUCCGGUACGCAUGACUGAUCUUCUCGGGAUCCCGACACCGUUGUUUCAAGGUGACCCGGCGUGCGAAUAAAGCGUUACGGGGCCAGUCGGAGCGGCUCGGUGACGGCUCUCCGGGAUGAUGCAACGCCGACAUUGACCUUUUUUGCACUUAGGACGCAUCCACUUUCGCUCUUCAACGACUGCGUAUCAAGAACGUCGUAAAGGCAGGGUUGCGUGGGCGAAGAACUUGGCAACCAGAUCGGUGACAGAGGCUACAGCUUACCAAUACCGCCGAUCGGUCCCACGAUCGAACCCCACAUUGGAAUCGGGGUAUCUGGGCACACUCACCUUUCCCAGCCGGGACCGAACUAUUGCUCUUGGAUGCGGGAGACGGCGAAGCUCGUUGGUUGAACGUCUCGGUGUGCACAAAGGCCGAAAAGCACGCCAUAUACCCACAUUCAGAUAUCACAGGAUUUCAGUGGUUAUCAGUGAUCACAGGCGCGGCACUUGGAGAACUGCAAGUCGGGCUUGGGGCAGAAUGAGAGAAAGAGGGGAAUAUGUAAAGGCC